AGCUCCACGACAAGCCAGCCCCUUUCGCAGCAAUACUCCUGUCUUGCCAGUAGAAGUUACGCAAAUACUAACAGGUUGUCUUUGGGAAAAUGCUGUCUGUGCGCUGCCCGCUAGUGCCAAAAGCUGGGGCAAGGCCUGGCCGUGCGCGGCUGGUGAUCCGUAACGCAGCCUUUGGUGUCCGUCCUUACACCCUACGCAAGGGAGACACGCUAGAUAGCAUUGCAAAGAAGCGCAGCCUUACUGUGGAGCAAAUAUUGGGCAUUAACCCCGAGUUCAAGGCGGACGCUGUUGUGGAGGGCAAGACCAUUCUGCUGCCUGCUAACAAGUUGUCAACUCGCGAUAAGGAGAUCUUGGGCGGUAUCGGCACGACAUACCGGAUUUACCCUAUCCGGGCUGGCGAGACGCUGAGCGAUGUGUUGUCUAAGCGCGGGAUCAGCACCGAGGAGUUCCUCGCACUCAACCCAGGCGUUGCAAUUCAGGACGUUCACGACAACCAGGUGGUGAAGCUGCCCAUUAACAAGUUCACCGUCCGCGAACGGGAGAUGUUGAUAGGCUCGGGCAUCCUGCCACACGAAUUCUUCACCGCCGCUAAGAACCCAUUCGUGAUCGGCCUUGGAGGACUCAUGCUGGUCUGCGGCUUCGUCAUGGCGUGGCAGCGGUUCCACUCGGACCCCGACAUGCAGGCCACCGAGUAAAGCCCCAGCAACCCAGAGCGGAGCGGUACUGCAUGGCGCGCCAGCGGCCUGCAGCGGAGCCUGGAACUACUGGUUGCAACCAGUAGUCCUAGCCGAAAGCUUGGGGCCCUCUAGGGGAGCAGACCGAGCAGUCCGCACGUGUCGUUGUGGGCUUUGAGGUCCGGGUGGCCUGGUUGCGUUGUUAUUGGACAUGUCUUGCCUAAGUCAGUUAGGAAGAGGUUUCGCAUGGUCGUACAGCAUUGUUAUUGUAAGUUUCCAACCGCAUGGUUUGGAGCUGUUGCGCGACAUAGUAGCCGAUAUAUGAAGAUUCGAGUUGACGGCUGUAAAUAGAGAGGCGCUGAGGCGCAUGGGGGGUUCGCUCUGAUUAGGGCGCCGUGUUCCGGGCAUACUGGUGGGCAGCCCCUGUUGAUGAAGAUGGCGCAUUCGGGUGGAAGAGGACGCAUUUGGUUUCGGCUGCUUUUGGGUCUGAAGAAGACGUGCCAAGAUUAUAUGUCCCCUGUACAUUCCCUGUUGUUUGCAGCACGGACAGCUGCUGCUGCCCUAUUCUGUGCAAUAUAAUACGUAAAGAGCUGCAUGGACGCCCUCCGUU